AUGAGGAUGCACUUCGUUGUUAUGGUGAUGCUGUUGCCGGUGCUAAUGAGGGCUGUUUCAGAGAGCAGAUCCAGCUGUCGACUUACCAAUAUCUCCAUUACUGUGGAAAAUGAGGAAUGUGGCAGCUGCAUUACAAUCGACACCACUGCUUGUGCUGGGCUCUGCAAAACACUGGAAAGAGUUUACCGUAGCCCUAUGGUGCAGAACUACCAGAACACCUGUAACUUCAGAGAGUGGACCUACGAAACCUAUGAAUUCAAAGGCUGCCCUGUCAGGGUUGACUCUGUUUUCACCUACCCUGUGGCCCUUAGCUGUGAGUGUAGCAAGUGUAACACUGACAUUAUGGACUGUGGAGUUCUCAGCCACCAGACAACCAGCUGCAAUGCACAUUAUUAGAAGAUGAAGCCAAAACCAAAUCUCUGCUAAUUUUUCAAAGCUGAUAAAAACAUUGAUGACUAAUUAAUAUUCUACAUAAUGGAAUUAUGCAUUAUGAAAAUGCAGUAUUUUUAAUGAAUCAAUAAACCAGCACCAUCCUGCAAUAACCCAUUAAAGCGAAUAAAUUGUUUUAAUUUUUAAAUAUGAUGCUUUGCCUCAAUGCUCCCAAUAGGUCAUGUGUGAAAUGUCGUUUCAUCCUGACGUGUUUCUGGAAUUUUCUGUGCGUUCUCUCAAUCUUCUAAUCAGGCA